AGGACGCGUUUGACAUGCCAGACGACGUGUUUCGGCAGCACUUUCGUCUGAGGAAGGAAACUGUGCGGUGGCUGUGCGACGAAGUGGCGGAGGAGCUCGCAGGCGUGCGAUCAACAGCGCUGUCGGUGGAGCGACAAGUGUUGUGCACGUUGCGUUUCUUCGCGACGGGCAGCUUUCAGGGGUCCGUUGGGAGCGGGGAGACGAUUGGCGUAACGCAGCCUGCGGUCAGCAAGUGCGUGCGACGCGUGGCGGAGGCAAUCGUCCACGCCGGGACUCGCAACAAGUGGGUCCACUACCCGAGGACGUCGGAGGAAAAGGCGGCCGUGAAAGAAGGGUUCCUUCGACGCGGCGGCAUUCCCGGCGUCAUCGGCUGCGUGGACGGCAGCCUUAUUGCCAUCAUCGCACCGAAGGGCGACAACAAGGCGGCAUACAUGUGCCGCAAAGGCUUCUAUGCCCUUAACAGCAUGUUCAUUUGCGACGCAGGCAUGCGGAUUCUGGCCGUCGACGCUCUGCGACCGGGGUCGGAUCACGACGCACACGUCUGGAGAACGACGUGGUUGCGUCGUCGUUUCCAGGAGGGACACAUUGCCAAGGCCGGCGAGCACCUCCUCGGUGACAGCGGCUACCCCCUGGAACCAUGGCUCCUGACUCCGGUCCCAGGUCAUCCUCCCGCUCACACUGCAGAAGGCAGGUACAACACUGCACACGCUUCCAUGUGGUCCAUAGUGGAACGCUGCAUUGGACUUCUGAAGAGCCGCUUCCGCUGCCUUCAGAGGUACCGUGUCCUCCACUAUGAACCAGACCGCGCAGCCAACAUCGUUGCAGCGUGUGCAGUGUUGCACAAUUUGUGUCUUGAUGAAGGUGACAGUGCAUUUGAUGAGGUUGAUGAUGAUGACAGCAGCAACAGCAGCAGUGACGAUGAAAACAGUGGCCCCCUCCCACUUGUAGUUCCCCGAGCGAGGGCAGCACGCAUAAUGUACCUGAAAGGAUGUGCUGCCCGUGAAAAUGUAAUUACAUUAUUCGGAACCACACGACAGCAGCACCAGCACUACCUGCGAAGGGUGCGAAGGCGGCUGCGUCGGCAGCAGCACCGACAGCAGCAGUAAACGUGCCUGCAGUGUCAGGCACAUAUGCCU